CUUAGUGACGUCACACUCCCGCGUCACGGUGAACCCGGAAGUAAAGAUGGCGACUGCCUACGAGAGGUUUAAUCUGCACGUGACUCUUGAGAAGUUUUACAUCGAGGCCUGUGACGAUGGCGCGAACGACGUCCUGGUCAUCGACAGGGUUUCCAUGGAGAUGACUCUCACAGAUGGUAUGAAAAUCCCACCAUCAGGCAUCACCAGACCCAUCUGUGGAAUCAUGGGAACUAUACGUCUUGUGGCCGGAAUGUACCUCAUCGUCAUCACCAGGAAGAAGAAAGUAGGUGACCUGUUCGGUCACACGGUGUGGAAGGCGGUGGAGUUCGACCUCAUACCCUACAAGAAGACCAUUUUACACCUCACAGAAAACCAGAUGCAGGACAACAAGACGUUCCUGUCCAUGAUCAACAAUGUCCUGAACACGGACGGCUUCUACUUCUGCACCAACUACGACCUGACACACACACAGCAGCGUCUCGCCAACACCAGCCCCGACUUCCAGGAGAUGAGUCUGCUCGAGAGAGCCGAUCAGAGAUUCGUGUGGAAUGGAAACCUGUUGAGGGACUUUGCCGCACAACCCGAGCUCCACAAAUUCACCUUUCCCGUCAUCCAUGGCUUUAUCGUCAUGAAGCCAUGCUGCAUUAAUGGCAAGGUCUUCGAAUGGAUCCUGAUCUCCCGGAGGAGCUGCUUCCGAGCCGGCGUUCGCUACUACGUUCGAGGGAUCGACUCUGAAGGACACGCGGCAAACUUUGUCGAGACGGAGCAGCUAGUGCAGUAUAAUAACAGCAGAGCUUCCUUUGUGCAGACACGAGGCUCCAUGCCUUUCUUCUGGUCCCAGAGACCCAACCUGAAGUACAAGCCCAAGCCGCAGAUCAGCAGCACCAGCCAUCACCUCGAUGGAUUCCAGAGGCAUUUUGACUCCCAGGUCCUCAUUUAUGGGAAGCAAGUGAUUCUGAAUUUGGUCAAUCAGAAGGGUUCAGAGUUGCCACUUGAGCAGGCCUUUGCCAAACUGGCAAACAACAUGGAUAAUGGAAGCAUCAAGUACAUUGCCUUCGAUUUCCAUAAGGAGUGCAGUAAGAUGAGAUGGCACCGCCUGCAGAUCCUGGUAGACACUGUGGCCGAGAUGCAGGAUGAAUUCGGCUACUUCAUGCUGAACUCGGACAAGAAGGUGGUGUUGGAGCAGAGCGGUACGUUCCGCAGUAACUGCAUGGACUGCCUGGAUCGUACCAAUGUGAUUCAGAGCCUUUUGGCCAGGCGUUCCCUGCAGAGCCAGCUUCAGAGGAUGGGGGUCCUCCAUGCCGGCCAGAAGAUUGAAGAGCAAGCUGAUUUUGAGAAGAUCUACAAGAACGCCUGGGCUGACAACGCUAAUGCAUGUGCUAAACAGUAUGCAGGCACCGGAGCUCUAAAGACCGACUUCACCAGGACUGGGAAAAGGACUCACUGGGGUUUGCUGAUGGACGGCUGGAACUCUAUGAUCCGUUAUUAUAAAAACAACUUCUCAGAUGGCUUCAGACAGGACUCCAUUGACCUUUUCCUCGGCAACUAUUCGGUGGAUGAAUCGGAGACCCUGACACCACUCCAAGUGCAGAAAGACUGGAAGUUUUUCACAUUACCCAUCAUCAUGCUGGUGGCCUUCUCCAUGUGUAUCCUGUGCCUGCUGAUGGCUGGUGACACUUACACAGAGACGCUGGCAUACAUGUUGUUCUGGGGCACAGCCAGCGCUCUCACGGCUGCCGUCAUCCUCUUUAACGGGAAGGAAUUUGUCGACGCACCCAAGCUGGUCCAGAAAGAGAAGAUGGACUGAAUGUCGAUUUUGCACUCCUUAUCUUUUUUUCCUUUUUUUUUUUUCCUUGAUCAUCUUUCUGGAGUCUGUACCAAUCUGCUCUUGUGUGCCGUGUGUCUCUUUUAUUACAGGAUGUAACCUCAUUAACCAUUUGGGAUAAGGGUCCAAUGAUAUUUACACUGUGUUUCAGUUGCAGUUGUGUAACAGGUCCAAGUAUCCACUGAUGUAAGGAAAAAGUCAGUAUGUCCAACAGAAUUAUUUGGGUAUGGAGACUGCUACUAUUUAAAGAAUUUAGAUCCAAUGAUUUGGAUGGGAAUUUGGAAAAUGGCCCAAAUUGUACUGUAUGUAAACAGUAAGUCGUUUCUAAGAGAAGGUUUUAAACCCAUAUACAAUUUUCUCGAUUCAUAAAUUCCUGAGUACUAUUUGGGUUUAUGCGUUCCCGAUCAGACCCAAAAUAUGAAAAACAAUGGACAAUAGCAGAACCUGUAUAUUGAAAGAUUUCUUACAGCAGCGGACUCAGAGCUCUUCACUGGACCAUUCGUUAUAAUUCACAGAGCAAUAUUGAUGUUAUCAAAGUUCUUUUUCCAUUCCACUGUGCAAGAAUUGUUCUAGAUAUACAGUUCACUCUCAGAAACAAAGGUAUCACACUGUAUUUUCCUUGUAAUUCAAGUAAUACCAUGAAGGUUACACCCAACAGCCGGUUUAGCAAGAACACCUGUAGCUGUAUGUUCAUUCAUGCAGGUAUACAAUCAGCCCAAAAAAAGACCUGGUAACGUAUAUAUCCAGACAUCACAUCUCACUUUUUGCUUACUGUAUACUUAGAUUAUUGGACUUCCUGACAGGAAUUGGACCCUAAUAUGAUUUUCUUUUGUUGUUUGCAAAGAGUAGUUAUUUGGUUACCAUAACCUUCCUAUCAGCUUGGGCUCCAUUUUCUUUCUUAUGAGAGAAAUCUGACUCGCAAUAUUCCGUAAACUCCUGUUCCUGAAGAACGCCUGGUACCAAAGUUUUCGAAAUCCCCUGCCUUGUACGUGCAUUAGUUAUACGUGGCCUCGGAGUACAUAACUGCAUGAAGAACCAAGGUGUUCCUAAUAAACUGGCCAGUCGGUGUAUGUUUUUUACUCGAGGAACGUGUAUGUAACGUUUAUUUCCAUCAGCUUCUCGUUGUGGCGGUCCUUUCUCUUCUAAAAGCUAGCAAGUAGGAACUAAUCGGUACCUUUAUUUCUGAAAGUGUACAGCCGUUCCAUGUCUCUAUUUUCUCUUGGGGAGGGGUACUAAGUGUACAGCGGCCAGGCAAGGUGCAGUUCAGUACCCUGUUCAUGUUCAAAUUUCUGUCAAACGAUUCGCAAUACACCGUAACACGCAUUGUUUUACGUCUUUCCUGUUUUUUUUCGCUCUUCUUACAUCAUUCAUGUCUUAUUCAGUUCUCUGGUUAUGGUUCUGGUGCAUGGCAUAAGCUACUAGGUUCUGGCAAAAGAAAAGGAAAAAUAAAGCGUUUUUUUUUUUUUUUCUUUCACAAACAACGACUUGAGUUCGUUCCGUUUUCUCAGCACUUUACUGACGAUUUCCGUUUAUGGAACACGACACUAACAGAUUUAUGGCGCUUGAGCACAUUCCCUAUAAAAGGCUGCAGAGUUCCUAGAGUACAGAAGGUGAUGGUGAAAUUUAAUCAAUGAAGCAGAAGAUUGUGCUUCAUUUCGCUUCCUAUUUAACAGAACGCUUUUGGUUUCAUCGGAAAUCUUUUUUUUUUUUUAUUAAUCCUUAAGGGCACUGAUACUGAAUGUAUUUCUUUUUGGGAUUUUGUCCAAUUUGACUUGGUGUAAUUAAGAAAAGAUUUUCAAGCUUGCUGAUUGGUUACAUUGUAAAGCACACACAAACACACACACACUCACACCAUAAGUCCUAAACUACCAAUUGAAAACGUAACUCGCGUUUAAAUUUUGAGCACAACUUUUGAGAAAUCCUGGACGUCUGUCUAAUUUCUAAACUGUACAUUAGUAUAAUAAAUGCAUUUAUAAUCAUUAUGCAUAUAUAAUGACUCUAUAGCUUGAUCUUAGACUUCUUUGUUGGUGUCACUUGAGAUUUGCAGCUAGAAUACCUACAUUCCCACUGUAAUGAGUCUGAAUAUAGUAUAAUACGUUCACUGUAUUUUUAUUUAUUUUUUUGAUUUCUCGCUGUUCUGGAAAAAAAGACUGUACUGUUAAUCCAUUCCAAGAAAUAUGCCUCAUUUAUCAACUUUGUAAUAAAUUGACUGUUUACUGUGUGUGCAAA